AUGGCACCGAGAAAACAAAGCGAUGAUUAUUUAUCUGCCAGGUGGCCGUCCGGAGGACAAACUGAGACACGAUAUACAGAAAAAGGACCUGUCAUUGCUCAAUCCGCAACAACGGCAUUGAAGGAUAGCACUGCCUAUGAGAACACCCUCUACGACCAUCGACACCUAGCUCUCAGUCCUACGAGAGAUACCAUAAUUCACACCGAAAUGUCCAGACUUGUAAAAACUGCUACAAAGACGGAUAUCUACGGAAAACGAAACUAUCCCGCUACAACAAAACUAUGUUUUGGAAACUUCUCGAAAGGGGAACGGGAUAAGAGCGACACGACCAGUGAAAAAGAUUCGGCUACAAGAAACCAAGGUGAACACGUUGAUAGUACGAUAGCUUUAUGA